UGGGCCGAGAACCCCCCCUCCAUCACCCCUCUCCUUCCAUUGGUGCCUGGGUGGAGCCGCCCCAACUGCGGGGCCCCAGGGCGGGAGGGAGUAGAGGCCAGGGGCAGAGGGCGAGGGCAGAGGGCGCUGGCGGCGGCGGCCGCAGAAGAUGAGCAGCAGUUGCUCAGGGCUGAGCAGGGUCCUGGUGGCCGUGGCUACAGCUCUGGUGUCUGCUUCUUCCCCCUGCCCCCAGGCCUGGGGCCCCCCAGGAGUCCAGUAUGGGCAGCCUGGCAGGUCCAUGACAUUGUGUUGCCCCGGAGUGACUACUGGGGCCCCGGUGUCCUGGUUUCGGGACGGUGAGCCGAGACUGCUCCAGGGACCUGACUCUGGACUAGGGCACAAACUGGUCCUGGCCCAGGCAGAUAGCACUGACGAGGGCAUCUACAUCUGCCGGACCCUGGAUGGUGCACUUGGGGGCAUGGUGACCCUGCAGCUGGGCUACCCCCCAGCCCGCCCUGUCGUCUCCUGUCAAGCAGCCGACUAUGAGAAUUUCUCCUGCACUUGGAGUCCGAGUCAGGUUAGCGGUUUACCUACCCGCUACCUCACCUCCUACAGGAAGAAGACAGUGCCGGGAGCUGAUGGUCAAAGGAUGAGUCCAUCUACAGGACCUUGGCCAUGCCCACAGGACCCCCCGGGGGCGGCCCGCUGUGUGGUCCAUGGUGCAGAGUUCUGGAGCCAGUACCGGAUCAAUGUGACUGAGGUGAACCCGCUGGGGGCCAGCACACGCUUGCUGGAUGUGAGCUUGCAGAGCAUAUUGCGCCCUGACCCUCCCCAGGGACUGCGGGUAGAGUCAGUACCUGGUUAUCCCCGACGCCUGCGUGCCAGCUGGAUGUACCCCGCCUCCUGGCCCCGUCAGCCCCACUUCCUGCUCAAGUUUCGGCUGCAGUACCGUCCAGCACAGCAUCCGGCCUGGUCCACGGUGGAGCCAGCUGGAUUGGAGGAGGUGAUCACAGAUGCCGUGGCUGGGCUGCCCCACGCAGUGCGGGUCAGUGCCCGGGAUUUUCUGGACGCUGGCACCUGGAGCGCUUGGAGCCCAGAGGCCUGGGGGACUCCCAGCAGUGGGCCCCUGCCGAAGUCGAUGCCAGCUGGGGCCCAGCCACACACACAGCGAGAGGAGGUGCCUCAGGAGGAUAGUUCCACUCCUCCAAGGCCUUCCCUGCAGCCAGACCCUCGGCCACUUGAUCAUAGGGACCCUCUGGAGCAGGUGGCUGUGCUGGCGUCUUUGGGAAUCUUCUCUUUCUUGGGACUGGCAGCUGGGGCUCUGGCACUGGGGCUCUGGCUGAGGCUGAGACCAGGAGGGAAGGAUGAACCCCAAAAGCCUGGGUUCUUGGCCCCAAUAAUUUCAGUGGACAAGCUUCCAGGAACGCCAAACCUGUAGAGGACCAGCAAGUCUUCAGCUGAUUCCACCUAUAACAUUGUCUGGUGUGGAUGGAUGGACAGAUAGAACCAGGCAGGACAAUAUAUCCUCACGGAGGGGGUUAUCUCAGCUUGAUGUUCUGUUUGGAGCCCAUUUCUGUGAAUCUCCGUGUGCCAAACUUGCCAGCUAAAAGGUGCCGGAGCCCCUGAUUUCAUCCCAGAGCUGGAGAUCCCCCUGAAGAAUGUGUGUAGGUGUGUAUGUCUGUGUUCGUGGGUGACUAUGUGUAGAUAAAGCAGGGAACGUGUGUUCAUUGCAUGCCUGUAUGUAUGUAGUUGCAUGGGGAGUAUGUGUGGCUCUUUGGCUCUUGGCUUUGCCCCUGGUGGGGGUCGUGGAGGUGUGAAUAAAGAGAAUGUUUAUUGACAUAUCUCUAAGCUUCAGAUUCAGGGCUCUCAGGAGAGGGCACAGUACUUGGAGACCACACUUGGAGACUAUCUCACAAUGCUACUUUAUUAUUUUGGUUCUUGAGGGCCCCAACCCAUUUUCCUUUUCAGCCACAAAUUCAUAUGGGCAGAGUCCCCCGGAACCUCUUCCCUUGGCGCUCAAGCCACCUGGCUAAGCUGCCGUUCUGGGGGUGGAUGCAGACGCUGCGCCGAGACAGGUGAAGUCUGGGAAAGGAAAGGUUCAAAGUCAUGGUUGUAGCUUGGGAAUGAGGUUAGGGUCCAGGGUUAAGGACAAAGGCAAAUGAAAACCUGCGUCAGCAGCAGAAUUAGCAGUUGGGUCUGAGGUUGGGAUCGGCAUCAGUUGGGACUGAUUGGCAUCAGGGACGGGGUUAGCACUCACACAAAGGCCUGAAGGUGGCAUUCCCCAUUAGCCUCCUGUACUUCCACCCGGAUAACUUUCCUCAGCAGCUUAUUUGGCAGAGGCUGUCGGUAGAGCUGAGUGCAGCAGUUAGUGCUGGAAGGCAGUGGCAAUUCUAAGAGACAAAGGCGCCAUGUGUUCUGCGGCUUUUCAUUCAGAACUUCUCCAUCAGAAUCCCUCCAGCCGGAGGCUAGGUUUCUUGAGCCCCUCCAUCCCAUUCAUCCAGGUCCCAAGCACUCACCUUCUCCAUGGUCUGGGCUCAGGAGCAACAGUAGCAUCAGGAGGCUGUUGGUAGGUGAGAGUCCCUUCAUGCUGCUUAGCUGGAUACUCCCCUCUCUCCCUCCUACCUUUUAUCUAGGUGCCUGUUCCCUGGGGCACCAGGUGAGUCAGAGGCAGGUGAAGAUGUACCAGUUGCUCAUUCUGUGGCAUUCCUGGGUCCUAAUUGCCACAAUCCACAGAGCCCCUCUUCUUCUAGGGCUGCCAUUUCCCAUGUGCACCUAAGCUGGGCAGAGAAGCUGAGGAGAGGGCUAGGGCUUAGGGUGUCACCUCAUGGGGCAGCAGCAUUGGGAGUGGUGCGGGAUGAAGGAAAGACAACUCAAAGUCCAAGUGAGAGAGAGGCCUAGAAGGGCUACCACUUAAAAAAAGUGCAGCCCCGGGCCUCCCUGGUGGCACAAGGGGUUGAGCACAGCACCGUGAUGCUGUCCACAGCCUCUGCAGCACAAGUUCGAGUUCCAUCCCCAGCUGGCCAGGGAGCUACCCAUGUGGUGUGGCAGACCUCUCCUGUCUCACCCGCCGCUCCCCUCAGCAGUGUAUUUCAGUCAGUCUGCCUGUUCUGCUCCCCACUCUGUCUCUGGUGAAUCCUCACACCUCUGGCUUGUACCCUAGUUCUGUAUGCCUAGAUAGAUAAAUCUUAAAAAAGAAAAAAAAAAGUGCAGCCCGGAUCUAUGGCAGUGUCAUAUUUAGAACCAGGUUCAGAGAAGGUGGGCAAGAAGUACAUGGAGUAAUGCACAUGCGUGGGAGAUGCAUCACCCUCUGGUGCAAGCUAGGGUGGCGUGACCAGGGGCUAUUGCUUGGGGAGCUCCACAGUUGUCCAUAAUCAAAGCUCACGAUCUCUAAUUCCUGUUCUUAUCUAACUUUCUGCUAAUCUUUACAAUUAAGGUGUUCUAGCUGACCUUGUUGAUCUGGCCAUAAAGUCUGCCUGCUGUUUUCAGCAGAUACUGGUUUCCCAGUAUAUGCCUCAUACCAGGACUUUUGCCCUGGUGAGAGGCCCCUGCAUGACUCUACAUUUUAGCUUGACCAGCAGGAACACUGGGCACCAAGACAAUAGCCCUGAUAACAAAGAGGCCUGGGGAUUCCACAUCAGGGACUUACAGUACAGUGACUGCAAGGAUCCACAGUGGCGCCCAAUGAUGGAUAUUCACACUCACACACCCCUAGCUACACAUUCAUAGUCACACUUCAGUCACUCCAUCAGCCUCACAUGGCCAGACAACCACAUCAGAAUCAUACAAGCCCAGUGCACUCAAAGCCCUACUCCGACACAUUUGUGUUUUCACAACCAUCCAUCACACAUCCAUAUUAGCACAGAUUCUAUAGGGGU